AUGUCAUCAACGCUCCCCUUUGCCGACCCCCUCUGGCUCAACCGCGGGUACAGCCCUUACUACAAGGACUCCCACCGACGCCUUCAAAAGGAAGUCCGUUCGUACAUUGACACGCAUAUCGCUCCUUAUUGUGAGGAGUGGGAAAAGAACGGUUGUGUUCCUGUCGAGGUACAUCAACGACACGCAGCGCUCGGCUAUACCGCUGCCACCCCAUUUCCCCUGGCUACAGACUAUCUCAAUGGCCAGCAACUUCCUGGCGGAAUCAAGGCUGAAGAAUGGGACGGGUUCCACGACCUGAUUCUUAUUGACGAGAUUGCGCGAUGCGGCUAUCUCGGUGUGAUCUGGGCGCUUGGAUGCGGGAAUUCGAUUGGUGGACCACCCGUUAUCAACUUUGGAAAUGAGGAGCAGAAGGACCGGUUCUUACCUGACAUGUUGACUGGCAACAUUCGGUUCUGUCUGGGGGUCACUGAGCCGGAUGCUGGAUCCGAUGUCGCGGGCAUCACAACAACUGCGGAACGAAAGGGCGACAAGUAUAUUGUCAACGGAGCGAAGAAGUGGAUUACCAACGGCAUCUUUGCGGACUACUGCACCGCUGCUGUGCGGACAGGCGGAGCGGGUAUAGCUGGAGUAUCGGCUCUAGUGAUUCCACUCAAUGCACCGGGCGUAACACGCAGGAAGAUUGACAACUCUGGAGUUCUUGCCAGCGGCUCCACAUACAUCGAAUUUGACGAUGUUGAGGUGCCCGUGGCUAACCUCCUCGGAGAAGAGAACAAAGGCUUCCCCAUUAUCAUGAACAACUUCAACCACGAACGUCUCUGGCUUGCUUGUACAUCGCUGCGGAUGGCUCGAGUCUGCGCAGAAGAUGCCUAUCAAUAUGCCGUUACCCGCGAGACCUUCGGCAAGAAACUCAUCGAGAGCCAAGUGAUCCGUGCCAAGUUUGCUGCCAUAGGCCGGAGCCUGGAUUCUACAUAUGCCUGGAUGGAGCAGCUCGUCUACAUGGCGGAGACGGCGAAGGCGAACCGCACUGACGCCGCGAUGGGUGGCCUGUUCGCCAACCUCAAGGUCCUAGCAGGGCGAACUCUGGAGAUGGUCAACAGGGAGGCCCAGCAGGUCCUGGGAGGUCUCGGGUACUCAAAGAACGGUCGUGGUGCGAGAAUUGAACAGAUCAGUAGAGAUGUUCGGGUGAUGGUGGUCGGGGGUGGCAGCGAGGAGAUUCUGUCAGAUUUGGCUGUGAGCCAAGAAAUCAGGGCUAUGACGAGGUUGAACAAACUUGGAGAGUUCAAGUCACGCCUUUUCCUCCUCCUCCUCGGACCUGCUUUCCUCCCUUCUCGACUUUUUUCUGUCCAGGCCCGGCUGGCUUCUGCUACCUUGAUGGAUCACGAUCCCAACCGGCUGAAUGCCAGUAUUUCCAAGCGCAUCCGCCAUGCCUGUGCAAGUUGCCGACGACGCAAGACAAAAUGCUCUGGAGAGCGUCCAGUGUGUUUCCACUGUCGGCGCAGUCGCCAGCGCUGUGUGUACGAGCCCUACGCGAUGACCAUCAGCGAUACCAGUGCCGCGCUUCCGCCGCCACCCGCUGCCCAGGACAAUAGCGCGAUUCUGCAGCGGAUUAGCAUGCUUGAGUCGCGUCUGGCCGAUCUCAGUGACCGCGCUGCUCCUCAGGCGUUGUAUACUAGCUCUGCCUCUCUUCAGAAGCGAAUACUGAUCGCGUUUCCUUGCAGAACAUCGCCGCCUAAACGGUUUGAUAAUGAACAGUGCUCCCUCCCUCCUUCCCCAGUCCUGCAGUCCGUCAUCGACACAUUCUUCGUGCACGUCCACAACCGCCCGUAUUCGUGUAUCCAAGAAGCCUCAUUCCGGAGAAAACUAGAAAUGGGAAUUGUGCCCCACUGUCUACUCCUCGCCGUGCUAGCAUCGGCAAUCCGAUUUUCCACACACGAAUACUAUGAAGGGAGAAAACAGGAGGCGAUCGAAGAAUAUGCAAAGCGCUCGUGGAUGUCGGUUCUCACUGAGCAUCUCACGGUCGCGGAUAACCUGACAAUUGAGGUGGUACAAACCGCGAAUUUGCUUGCUAUUGUCGAUUACACCGUCGGUCAUGUCAGUUCGGCCUGGCUGAAGGUCGGCCUCGCAGCUCGCAUAUCCCAAGACUUGCGCCUGAUGAUAGAUCCCUCCGACGCACUAUCAAUCCCCGAGCAAGAGGAGCGGAGGCGGGUCUUCUGGUCAGGGUAUUUACUAGACAGGCUCAUUUCAUGCGGCAAGUCACGGCCUCUAUGCUUCCAUGACGACGACUGCCAUGUUCGACUUCCAUGUGACGAGAACGCACUCUACACUGGGCGAGUGCAGACAUCACAUACCCUCCACGAGCUCCUCUGUUGGGACUCAAAGAUCGAUCACGAUCAGCCUCCCAGUCCAUUUAGCCUGGUCAUCUUAAUGGCAUCCAUCUUCGGACGCUGCACCAGAUACGUGUACAGGGAGUGCAAUACCAACAAAACACCCCCCUGGGACACAAGCUCGGAGUUUUCCCAGAUCAACUCGUCCUUAUUGCUAUUCGAGUCUUACUCCAGAAGCACACGGCUCUCGGUCGUUGACACGCUCCGCGACAACGAGUCGGCCCAUCGGUCGGAAUCAGAACAGGUCGUUUUCGCCCAUACGCUGUUCCAUCUCUCCCACUGUUUGCUUAAUCACCCAUUUCUCUUGCGAUUGCGACUGAAGCCGUUUGGAUCAAAAGUGCCUACCAGUUUCAGCCUACGUGUCCUCCAUGCGGCGGCCGAACACGCCCACCAACUAUUAGACCUCCUUCGCGAUGCCACCGAGGCGGGCUUUCCCCUGGAGUCAUCCUUCUACUCUUACUGCAUUGUCGUCGUAGGUGGAAUACAGUCUCUUGCCUUCCACUUCCAAGCCUCCCAGAAUGAUCCUCGGUCGUCAAAUACCUUGGACUACUUCCACCAAAGCCUCAGCACACUUGAACGACUAGGAGGGACAUGGGGACACGCAGCAAACAUGACUAUUCGACUACGUGAAUUCCACGCCCAAAGUCAUAUACUCUCCUCGCUCUUCGACCCCGCCUGCGUAACAGACGACCUCAACGCUGCGUUUGUGGCCGCUCUUUGGACAAUGCUCGAUUAUGGCAAGGUUGGCUCCAGAGUUAGCGACAGCCCGAAUCUCUCUGAGUUGCUUCUCUUGAAUAUACCAUCGCCGUCGUCGUGGGCUCUUGGGUCCGAUCUCUUCAAUACAACGCCACUGGGAAUGGAAGAUACAGGCCUCCGUUUGCUUGAUGGGCUGGCACCAUCUACCCACUUUAAUCGUGAAGUGGACACACUUUUAGAUCCCUCACCUUCCCCCUCUUUUCCGACGGACGCCCGUCAUGCGCCGUCGUUUGCGCCCCCGCCAUGCUGA